AAAUUGAGGACCUCGCCACCGCAAAUUGUGCACGAAAUGGCGCCGAUAUGUCACCAAAAACAACUCUUUCGAACUUAUAAACAUCAGGUCGUCUGUCAAUCUCCAAACUCCUCCAGAGAAAUCUGAAGUACGAACGAUCUUCGACUGGCAUUCGAAUUUGCAAGUACAUUUCUCGAAUAUCACACGUGACGCCAGAGUAAAUGGAUAACGACGAAAACGCAUCAGCACAUCAAACAAGCUACUCUGGAGUUUUGGACCAGCUCAAAAUAUGGCAACAUACGAUGAGAAGGUCGCGCAUAUGAAAGAAAAACUAUCUGCAGAGCUUGAAAAGCGUAAAAAACUGAGAAAAUCGGAACUGUUUGUUCUUGAUAAUUCACUUCGUGAGAGUACUGUUGGUCAGCUACGAGGGCACACCCUGGAAAAUAAAUGGAAGAUAUACGAGGAGGUCAAAAAAAUUGGCUACCAACACAUUAUUGUGGCUUCUUUCUCCCACAUGACUCGCCUUGGAGACAAAUUUUGCAUUGCACUUAAAGAGGCAGGAGAAGAUUUCAGUAAAUUGUAUGCUUUCAGUGAGUUUGUUGAAUCGAUCGACAAAGAUAGAGUUCCUAACGUUGAGAAACUUCCAAUUGGCUUGGUGAAAAUGAGGGAGUUGGGAAUCCGCCAUGCGAUCAUUGAAUUUGAUCUCGUUUACAAAGGAAUCGACUAUAAAAAGUUCACCGUCAAAGAUAUUUGCAGCCUGAUGAAGAAGAGAAUGGAAUGGUGUCGUUCAGAAUUGGCGGAGAAUUCCAAUGUUCUAUUCAACUUCCGUGAUUUCUCAGACGCCAUGAGAUUAAAGCCUAAACGUGUUUUGAAAGUGGUCAAAUUCUUAUCUUCCCUACCCGAAGACGAGCGUCCCUUUGCUAUUAUAUAUGAAGAGUCUGGCAAGAAUCUCCCUGAAGAGCUCGGUGUUUGGACAGCCGCCAUCCGACAAGAGAUGGACGACAAUGGGUGGACAGAAAACGCGGAGAAGAAAGGUCAUUUGUUGGUCCACGUUCACGAGCAAUGGGGUCUUGCUAAUAUGACUCAAAUAGAAUGCAUUGUGAAUGGCGCAACUGGAAUCUGGGCUAGCCUUUGUGAGGAAGGAGCAUCGAUGGGUCACGCAUGCUCUACGCUUGCAUUGAUGAAUAUGAUCCGAAUGGGAAACAAAAAGGUCCUCAGGCAAUAUAAGGGGUGUGCAAAACUCCGUGAAGCCGCUCAGAAUGUGACCCAAAUCACCACUGGUUUACCACCGCACCCAAAGCAGCCAGUCUACGGAGAGCGAGCUUUAGAUAUGGUAUUUGGUAUGCCUAACUUCGCUCCUGACAAGAAGGAAUUCUCGAUGGCCGAAUUCUUUGGUGAAAAGAUGGUGAUGAGAAUGACAACUCUGGCCUCCCCACAAAUGGUUGUUGAUCGUCUAACUAAUCUUUUUGGUAAACAUCCACAAUUUACAUUGGAAAUUGGAAAAGCCAUGUUGGAAAAGAUGCUCGAAGAUCUUCGCAACGGCAGAAAAGAAGAGUACAUGAGCAAAGUCGGCCUUGCCAUUCUGUUUGAUCGUUCUGGUGGUGAACUCACUGCUGCGAUGAGGGAUGCUAUCGCUGAAGAAGAACCGAAAAGCCUGCGCGCUAAAGAAUUGCUUGAUGAUAUUCGCAAGAUGUGGGAUGAAUGGGAUCUACGAGAUGAAGUUCAAGGAGACGACAAGCUAGAAUUUGAUUCCUUUUACAAUGGCUUCAUGGCACCGUACUUUGGCUGUUAUAGAUGUGACGAGUCAAAACGUGCGUUGAAAGCUAUUGAUAUGGAUGAAGAUGGCUCCGUGGAUUGGAACGAGUUUGCAUUGUACCUCAGAUGGGCUGCUCGAGAAUACCCGAAUGCCAAAGAUGCAGAAGAGUUGCUGUCGAUUGCAUUUCGCAAAGGUCUCAUUCCCGCAAUGCAGGAUGUUGUCCUGGCUCAAGAUUCCUAAUAAGAGUACUUUGUUUUAUCUUAUAACAUAGUUUGACAUAUACAAGCUACUUUCAGAAGCAAGUUAGAAGAACAUUAGAUGGAACUCUAGAUUUCGCAUGCGUUUGUAUUGUACUCAUUACUCAAUUUUUUGAAUAAUAAUAUUCAUUUACCAUGUCAUUAUUACUUUAUAA